AGACGAAGAUAGUUUUCCGUUAGGCUUUGGUGAAUUAAAAUGGUUGUUGUUGGUAUUAGGUAUCGAAAAAAGGAGUUUAAAUUUAGAAAUUUGUUAGAUUUGAUGUCCCAAGAAAGUCAAUGGCGUACCUGAAUUUGGAAUUGGAGUUGAAAUCUAACAACCCCUCUUCUUCAAAUUCUUCUUCUUCUACUUCCUCUUCCUUUUACUUCUAAUCGUCUACCUGGGUUUCUUCUCCUCCUUCUGUAACUCUGGUUUUUUUUUUUUUUUUUUUUCUGUGUGUUCUUUUCUGGGUUUUCUUUAAAAGAUGUUUUGCUUCUUGUCUGUUCUUAUAAUAUUUUCUUUAAAAGAAGGGUUCUUUGAGGUUUGAGGUCUGAUUACUUUGGGGUUGAAGAAGAAAGAGCAAGAAAUUUUAUUUCUCACAGAGACAAUAAAAAUUAGAGAAGUGGAAACAGAGACAGAGAUGGGAAGCUCUACAGGAGUUGGAUUCAUGGCGGUUUUUGCAGUUUCAGGGAGUGUUGCUCUGUUAACUCUUCAAGUUCAUAAACGUCUCCUGUCUGAUUUUAUGAAGAAGGUUGAACUGGAGUUUCGGGGUAUAGGCACGUUAAAAUGUCGAACGAAGAAGAGGGUUCGAUUCGCAGACGAUGUGGUUGAGCCAUCAUCAAACAAUAAAGAGUACAGAGAGAACCAUCUAAGAGCAAUGCUAUCAAAGGUCAACUGAUUAUAGAGUACAAAGCACUCAAAGGCUGCUAUGUAAACAAUUGAUAAUACUAUCAAGUUUCUUUUGGGUACUUUAUAAAAAAAAAAAAAAAAAUGUUUCUAUUGGGUAUGAACUAUAAAGUUUUUAUAAUUCAACAAAAUUGCCCAAAAGAAAUAUAUAGUUUUUAAAAAUUUUAAAAAAAAAAUUUUGCUUUUUUGUUUUUUUUGGUUUUUGUUUGGGGAGUUUGUUAUCUUAACAUCUAUGUGUAUUUUGUAUCUUUUACUCUAUUUGUUAAGGGCUUAAGUCUUCGUUUUCUU